AUGAGAGGAGACACGAAGGAGAUUAGGGCGCUGCUGGACGGAGGAUUCGACACGAGGGCGAGGGAUCUGUAUGGAGAGACGCCCCUCCACCUGGCUCUGUCGUGUGGGAAGGAGGCCGCGGCAGAGCUGCUGCUGGACGCGGACUGCAUCACGGAUAUCGUGGAUAACGACUGGUGUACCCCUCUGCAUGUCGCUGCACAGAGGGGGUUCGUGAAUGUCGUCCGUAUUCUGCUCGCUGGAGGGGCGGACGCAAGUGCGAAGGACGGAACUGAACGGACGCCCUUCCAUCACGCCGUGUACCAGGGGAAGGAGGCCGCGGCGGAGGUGCUGCUGGGGGCCACCCCCGAAUGCGACGGGCCGGACAUUGAUGGCUGCACCCCCUUGCACUAUGCUGCGGAAGGAGGUCUCUCACGGGUAGCGAGAGCCUUGGUGUCAAGGGGUGCGCGUUUGGAGCCUGAAGAUGCACAAGGACGUUGUCCCCUGUACUAUGCCCUGUGGUGUGGACAAGAAGGAGUGGCGAGGGUGCUCCUGGCAACGUACGCCUGGAGUGACAUCGCAAUUCGUUGGAAGGAGAUGGGGCUCUCGAAGGAUGACGAGGAGUGCGGCCUCCGGCUGCUCUCCGAGUGCGAGGCCGAGAUGAGGAAGGCCCUGGUGGAGGGGUCCCGUCUCUCCCUCCGCGACCUCGCCCGCCGACACCCCUCCCGCCUGGCCCGGCGCCUCUCCGAUGAGGCGAUCCGGUGGCUCUCGGACCGGGACCUCCUUGCGCGGGAUUUUCCGCUCUUCGGCGACCUCCUCCUCGUCCGGCUGGGAGAGGUCCGGGAGCGGAGGGCCCUGGAGGACCGCUUCCUGCGCUGCUUCCCCCUCCUCUGCCGGCCCCUGCCCCCCACCUGCACCGACGUCCUCCUCGCUUGCCUGGCGGACGACGACCUGAGGCGCUUCGCCCGGGCCGCGGAGCUCUAG